UGCACUACCCCUCCUUCCAAUCACAUGUGUCAGGUCAAGCAUUGUCAGGCUGUGUUGGAGCUGAUUAGCCUGGGAGAGAGUAACCUCACUGACGAGUAGUUGCUAGAGGACAUUGAGCUGUCACCCUGCUGACUCCAACUGGGCAAGACGGUCAGAGUCAUUCAGAAGUCCUCCCUCCUCAGGGGCCAUGGAGCUGCUCACUGUCCUUGCACUUUCUCUCGUCUCCCUCCUGACCAUCUUUAUUCUCAUAUCAUGGGCCAGACAGCACAGAUACCGAUCCCUGCCCCCGGGACCUACCCCAAUCCCUGUGCUGGGGACUCCCAAAUACAUGGACCUAAGAAACGUCACCAUGAAGUUCCAAAAGCUCAGCCAGGAAUACGGCACAGUUUUCACCAUCUGGAAAAUGUCAGAACCUGUGAUCGUUCUGUAUGGUUAUGAGACGGUGAAAGAAGCCCUUGUAGAUCACCGAGAUCAAUUCAGUGGACGACCAACUAUCCCAGCCAUGCACGCCUUCAGCAAGGGAUACGAUAUUAAUGGACCACGAUGGCGCCCACUCCGUCGUUUCACCUCAGCAACUCUUAAGAAUUUUGGGAUGGGAAAUAAGACCUUGGAGAUGAGAUUAUUGUCAGAGUCCAAGUGUCUUAUCCAAGCUAUGUCAGAGACCGGAGGGAAACCCUUCAACCCAAAAAUGUUCCUGGCCUGUACUGUGGGAAAUAUCAUCAGUUCUGUGCUAUUUGGGGACCACUUUGAUUUCCAGGAUGAGAAGCUGCAGGACCUUCUUGCGUAUACAUCCAGAUUUGUUACAGCGAUCAGUUCUCCACUAAGCACGCUCUGCAAUACUGUCCCAGCUCUUCUGAAGGUCCCGGUCAUCAGACAUCAAGUCCUUAAAAGAACUAAAUCUCUUGCAACAUUUGUGACAAACUAUAUAAAGUGUCACAAAGAGACUUUGAAUCCGGAGUCACACCGGGAUUACAUGGACCAUUACCUGAUGAAGAUGAAGGAGGUGGAACAUGAGAUGGAUCCAGAUUUCUGUGAAACCAGUCUGCUUGCGAUAGUUUCAGGACUUUUAGCGGCGGGAACUUAUACGAUGACUUCCACCCUAAAAUUCAGCCUGGUGGUAAUGGCCCAUUUUCCAGAGAUACAAGCUAAAGUUCAGCAGGAGAUAGCGGAAUUAACCAGGUCGUUGCGUCUCCCUGAGAUCAUGGACAAGCCCCAGCUGCCGUACACAAACGCUGUCAUCCAUGAAGUGCAGAGAAUUCUUGACCUGUCCCCAGUUGCACUUUUCCAUGCCACCACUGAAGAAGUCAAGUUUAGAAGUUACACCAUCCCAAAGGGAGCAAUCGUGAUCCCCUUCCUCACAUCUGUCCUGACAGACCCAUCUCAGUGGGAGACUCCAGAAGAGUUCAACCCCGGGCAUUUCUUGGAUGAGGAUGGACAGUUCCGCACCAGGCCGGCCUUCAUGCCUUUCUCAACAGGGAGGCGAUCUUGUCUCGGAGAGCACAUGGCCCGCAUGGAGAUCUUCCUAAUCUUCUCCGCUCUGCUCCAGAAAUUCACCUUCACCCUUCCCCCGGGGGCAAAACGUCAGAACGCAAAAUUUCUAAAUUCAAACAAGCAUCAGAUCAUUGCAUCGGGCGAGAUAUGUGCUGAGCUUCGUCCUUGUCCAAGUGACCACUUGCAGUCCAGCUUCACGUCAUAGAAGACAAUGAGAUGAAAUAACAGAAUGUGACCAAAAAGUCAAUGAAAAAAUCAUUUCACUCUGAGUAAUAAUUUGAGUUAAAUGUUUUGUUUUUCCUUUGUAAAACUUCAUUCACACGUCAGUGUUUUGGUCAGUGACUUCCAUCAGUGAUUGGAGCCAAAUCCAGGUCUGGAGCCUCCACAGAGAGAAGGUAUAAU